UUUCAAUCCCAGUCGCGUUUCCAUUUACCUUGGAUGUGCAGCUGCGCGGCAAAGGGCUCAAUUUGUGAUUGAGCUUUUGUUCCUCAACCAACCCACCACCCUCAGUGCUGCAGCUGUUUGUUUGUUUCCUCGCGUGUGGCAAAACAAACACGGCUAGCUGAGCAGACCAAACAAGCAUCGAUAAUCUGGUGGGCUGGGAGAGUUAUUUGACCAACUGUUUUCCAAGACGACGCUGGUCGUCCUGCCUGUCUUGUCUUUACAGCAUCUGCCGUCUCCACCAUUUUUGUUUGCCGCGAUAUCGGAUCCAGCAUCAAACCUCGCGAAUUCUCACCGCGGACUUGGCCUAUUCGAAUCCUACGCGAGCGAUCAACCCUUACUGUUUUCUAUCUGUUUGCCGGCUAGCUGGCGACAGGUUGUCAAAUGGAGACCGAACGACAGCUAGGCGUCACGCCUCCAGUCUCGGUUCACCUACCAACAGAGGAGGAAAAGCAGGCAACAGAUUCCCUUCUAGCCGAGCUACGUGCCCAGAAUUCUUUUGAAGGCCCUGUAGAGACUGAGAAAAGAUUCGCCGUGCUUCGCUCGUUACAAGAAAUCGCCGAUGCCUUCGUUAAGACUGUAGCCCGGAAAAAGGAGCCAGACAAUGCGGUGCUGAUCAAAGAUGCCCGGGGAAAGGUCUUUGCAUAUGGCAGUCUCCGACUCGGAGUCUGGGGGCCGGGCUCGGAUAUCGACACAUUGGUUGUGGCUCCACGAUACGUCACACGAGAGGACUACUUCGAACACUUCCCCGGCUUGCUGGUGGAAAUGGCACCGCCAAAUGCCAUCACAGAUCUUUCUGUCGUCGUUGAUGCGUUCGUUCCCAUCAUCAAGUUCGAGUUCUCCGGUAUUAGCAUCGAUUUGAUCUUUUCCAGGAUCGCCACGAUGAAGCAACUACCCGCAGAUCCCAACUGGAACCUCAGUGAUUCCAAUCUCCUUCGCGGUCUUGAUGAGAAGGAGUUGCGAUCCGUCAACGGCACCAGGGUCACCGACGAGAUCAUCAGCCUAGUUCCCGAGCAAAACGUCUUCAGAACUGCCCUACGAGCGAUCAAGCUCUGGGCCCAACGUCGCGCAAUCUAUGGAAACAUUGUCGGUUUCCCCGGAGGUGUAGCUUGGGCAAUGCUGGUGGCUCGGGUUUGCCAGCUGUACCCCCGCGCGACAGCAUCCGUUGUUGUCAACAAGUUCUUUUGCAUCCUCAUGAAGUGGCCAUGGCCCCAGCCGGUGCUUCUAAAGGCUAUAGAAGACGGACCUUUGCAAGCCAGGAUAUGGAACCCGAAGAUAUAUCCUGGCGACAGAUAUCACCUCAUGCCAAUCAUAACACCAGCAUAUCCGUCCAUGUGUGCGACCUUCAACAUCACAAAAUCUUCUAAAGAUGUGAUUGGAAGAGAGUUGGUCAAGGCCGCGGACCUGACCAACCUAAUCAUGGUCGGCAAAUUGCCCUGGAAGGACCUUUUCCAAAAGCACACAUUCUUCACCAAGGACUUCAAGUACUACAUCCAAGUGAUCGCUGCCAGCAAGGACAAGGAGUCGCACAAGCUUUGGUCCGGCUUCGUGGAGUCUAAGGUUCGACUCUUGGUUCAAGGCCUCGAAAGGCACGAGUCCAUUGCAGUUGCUCGCCCGUUUAUCAAGGGUUACGAUCGAUCCCAUCGAUACUACGACGACUCCCAGUUCAACCAAAUUUUGGAGGGUAGUUUAGCAAACCUCUGCCAAGACAAAGACCCUCAACCAGAAGCAAAGCCAGAGGUUCCCGUCAAGGAAGAGCCUGUGUCUAACGGGACUCAUACCAAUGGUAUUGCUGUGAAGGAUGAGGUUGCUAUAAAGCAAGAGGGACACGCCAGGAUAAAAUCCGAAGAUUGCGUCGAUCCUCAACCUCUGACAGAAAACAUACCCGGAUUCAAGGGCCCAUCAUCAGACAUGUAUACCACCACAUUCUACAUUGGGUUGGAACUCAGGCCAGAAGCCAAAUCUUUAGAUUUGUCCUUUCAGGUAAACGACUUUAAGUGGCUUUGCUAUGACUGGGCCAAAUACAAAGAGGAUCUCACCGAACUUUGCUUCGUCAACAUCAAGGACCUCCGGUCAUUUGCACUUCCCGACGAUAUUUUCGGUCCGGGCGAGACCAAACCUGUGAAACGGCUUGUUAAGAAGAAGGUCCCGGUAGACAGGAAACGCCCCGCCAACGAAGACAACCAAGCUCCUGCGAAACGCCAUCAACCCGCCACGGUCGGUAGUGGUGUUUGAAUACAGCCGCUCUAAAUCUUGUGUGCUGGUGCGCACGCUGCGCUGCACAUAGCAUAGUCCUGAUUGUUUUGGUGAUGUUAACCCAAAAACGAAGCAAGGAUAUUUGGGCUGGGUGCCAGCAACUGUGGAUGACGGGCUUGCGUAGUCCGUUAAGCCAGGACUGAGUGGCUCUAAUGACAAACAGAUUCUUUCAUCACCAGUUAUAGACACCGACACAAAACAAACGACUGAACGAAAAAGAUCCCAUCAGAAUAUGGGACUAUAAAGAGACUCACCGACCGAGACAGCUCCGCGAUAUUCCCGCUACAGCCUUAGAACUCCACUCUGCCACAAAUGGUUGACUAUCUCACUCCGAUUUUUUUUUUUUCUGCCACAAAUCCACACUUCUCACACUCAGAGAGCUUACGGAUGGAGCGUUUCCUUUUUACUUUUUUUAUGCAUUUUUAAUUUCAUUCGUCGCUCAGGACGACUUCACCCACACACGAGGAUACGGACUCUUUAUUUCUUUCGUUCUUUUUUUACUCUUUUUUCCCUGUUCGUUCUUACGGUAUCUCAAGUUGUUUUACAUAUACGUGGGUGGAAAUUUCGGCAGUGCGGACACGUCAAACAAAACUGGAGCGGGAUAAUAUGAAGAACAAACGGCCCGUGACUGCUGCCUGUGUGAUAACAAUGGACGCACCAUUGUGCGCCAAGGUUGAAUGGUGCUCAGCAAUGAGAAUGUGGGCUAGGCUGGAUAGGGAUCAAGGUCGGGAUUCUCCCAGUGUAGAUAUCUGCUAAGGAGCCAAUAAAUCACAGAUUUGGGGCACCGUCGGUGCUUCAAGCUGAUAUACAGCCA